GUUGUUCCCAUGGCAACUAUUCCCAACAAGGAUAUCCACACACGAGUGUAAACUUUCACCUCAUCUCACCCCGCAUCUUUAGCAUUAGUCUCUUUUAUCGCCAAAUUACAUGGACACGUGCAUAUACUACGGUGCGAGUUCAUGUGUUUCCCUUGUUCAGAUGUUUCUGGUGUUUUUUCUGUGAGCGCUUGGCUGAAGUUGAGAAGGAUCCACUCUGAAGCAGUUUCUGUAACGAGCCAUCAUGGUCCGCCUCACCAUGGAUCUGAUUGCCAAAUCCAGCAACCAUUUCAAAAACAAGAGAAGCUUCUCCCUCCCAAAGUACCUCAAGAAACUCACUCAUCUGAACUUCUCCAACAGGAACAUAGAGGACAUUGACGAUCUCUCCAUGUGCAGAAACCUCACAGUCCUCUACCUGUACGACAAUCAGAUCAGCCAGAUCUGCAACCUGGGUUUUGCCUCCAACCUCACUCACCUAUACAUGCAGAACAACAACAUCGCUCACAUAGAUAACCUCUCCGGCCUGCAGAAGCUCUCCAAACUGUACCUGGGGGGAAACAGCAUCACGGUGGUGGAGGGGUUAGAGGAGCUGGGGGAGCUGAAGGAGCUCCACAUGGAGGGCCAGAGACUCCCCAGUGGAGAGAAGCUGCUCUUUGACCCCAGGACUCUCCUCUCCCUCGCUGAAUCUCUAGGUGUCUUGAAUAUCAAUAAGAACAACAUAGAUGAUGUCAGAGAUCUUGCCAUUCUAAAGAAACUCACACAUUUCUUUGCUGCAGACAACCAGCUACAGGACAUGCAGGAUAUAGAGUUGGUGUUCAGCCAAUGGCCUCAGCUGCAUCGAAUGGAUUUGAGUGGAAAUCCUGUGUGCCACAAACCCAAGUACAGAGACAGGCUGAUAACUGUGUGCAAAAGCCUGAACGAACUUGAUGGGAAGGAAAUUAAUGAGUUGUCCAGGCAGUUCCUGAUUAACUGGAAAGCGUCGAAAGACGCCAAGAAAAAACUGAAAGAUGAAAGAAUCAUGACAGGCCAGAUCACCUAUCCCUUUACUGCAGACUUCCACAUGGGCCCCCAUCCUUCAUCCAAAUAUAACUGUGCCAACGUCCUGGGAAAGAGGAAUCCUCCGGGGUGUGGGAGACCCAGCAGGAAGGUCCGCUCAGAACACUCACAACUGGACAGCGCAGCAAUGAGGCCACGGAACGUGAAGAUCCCAGUGAGUGCGGGGCUGCUUAGUGAUGUGGCCGACAAUGCUAAAGUCUGCGGCCUGUAAGACGGACAUGCCAGCUCUGCUAACACCCAUUCACUCUGGUGACCUUCUCACAUACACUCUGGUGACCCUCUAACACACAAGCACACAUAAUAUAUACUCUGGUGACCCUCUCACAUACACUCUGGUGACCCUCUAACACACACGCACACAUAAUAUACACUCUGGUGACCCUCUCACAUACACUCUGGUGACCCUCUAACACACACACACACACAUAAUAUACACUCUGGUGACCCUCUCACAUACACUCUGGUGACCCUCUAACACACACACAUAAUAUACACUCUGGUAACCCUCUCACAUACACUCUGGUGACCCUCUAACACGCACACAUAAUAUACACUCUGGUGACCCUCUAACACACACACACACAUAAUAUACACUCUGGUGACCCUCUCACGCCUAAACUUUACCUUACAGAAAACACAUAACCAGUGCUUGACUUGGGCAGGAGCUCACGAGAGCUGAGUACCAGCACCUAAAAUGUUCUACUGCUUGAGCUCCUGCAUCUCUUAUAGAAUAUUAACUAGAAACUAUUGUGGAACUCCUGCAACUAAAUAUAAACAGUUCCGGGACCCAAAAUGAUUAUCGGCACCUAUUCCAGCCCAAGUCAAGCACUGCACAUAACCUCCCACUGCUAUCACCACACAUCAGGGGUGGGUGGACCUGACCCCUGACACACUCAAUACGAAAGAGUCUACACUAUGGUCUGUCACUGUCAGGGACUGAUGGACUGCAGUAGAGGCACUUUAUGGUCAUAAUAUAUAUACUACCUUUGAAGUCUUCUUAAAAUAUUAUGACAGAACAAUAGCUGCCCUAUAAAAACAGUGUCGGAUAUUAUAUCUAUGUUUUUUUGGCCUUUGCCUGUUUGAUGUUUGUUUUGUGUACCUGAGUGGACUUGAUAAGAAUUUUACAAUACCUGGAUUUUAGAGUGUAAGAUCUGAUGUGUCUAUUUAUGAAAUGACUGAAUGCCAAAUAAUGGUGUUUGGGUGUGUCCAUGCUGGGAAGUACAACUCACUUCAUACAAAUGGCUUUAUUGGAUUUUUACAAAUACCAUUUUCACCCAUUUGGAAGUUAUAUCCCAGAACUCUAUGUCAAAUAAGUCCACACCGCAAAUCCCAUCUGAGUUUGUGUUUUAUACUAAUUAAAUAACGUUAAAAAAAUAAUAAUUUGAGUAUAACCGCUAUCUGUGUCCUUGAUAGUGUAGUUUGUCUUUCCCCCCCUGCUGUAUUAAUGACAUGUUUAGUGGGACAUCGACCGUGCGUAAUGAUGUCAGAUAUGCACUUAAUUGCCCAGCAUUGUCAUAAAUUAUUAUUGUAGAAUAAAUGGUGAAGGUUUUAAUUGGAA